AUGGGUAUUGAUGACAUUCCAUAUCAUCAUGAUAAGUCAAUGAAUCAAUCUUACCUUGAAUCAGUAAUUGAGAAGCAUUUCUAUUCUUCAAAUGCUAAUGGAAGUGAUAGUGAUAUAAUCGAAGCAUUCUUACCAUCUUUAUCGAUUUCUAGUCAGUCUUCAGCUGUGGAACAACAACAGCAACAAUGUAUCCCCUUCACUUACAAACUUUCAGAAUAUCAAAAUCAUUAUGCAGCUAUGGAAUCAUCGAUUCAGAUGAAUAAUUCUCCCCUUGUGAAUGGAGUAAACCCAUCGGUAUACCGCCAGUCGGACGAUUACGAUGCAUACAGUUAUGUCAGUGGCAAUGAGAAUAGCGGCAUUUAUCAUACACAUACAAGUACUCCAGAAUUUCUGAACCAGUCUAUGUGCAAAGAAAGAAAUGACGAACAUCACCUUAUUGCUUCAUCUUUCAAUACUGGAAAACCAUCAUUAACAACGCCACUUAAAACAAGUAGAACAAUGAAUGAUAAUCAAUCAUAUUAUCUUCCUUCAAUGUACACCCAAAAAUCCCCUAAUAUUUAUAAUCAGAAUCCCAAAAAUUCAAAACUUCGUCGUCAUUCAAGUAAAUUGAGUUCCAUUGUUCGUAAGGAACAUCAACGUGAACAAGAUAAGAAUCGUACUAGAACACUGAAUGUUGCAUUUUGUUGUCUGCGAUCAUGUCUGCCUGAAAUACCAAAGGAUACUAAGCUUACAAAGAUCAGAACACUUCGUUAUGCAAUCACAUAUAUCCGUCAGUUGAUGGAUAUACUUCAGGAGACUGAUCCAGUUCCCAGUGCAACAGCUGUAACGUUGGAUGCCACACCCAAUUCGUUGAAAAUGGAGCCUGAAUACGAUCAAUCAUCAAUGAGGGAUAGUGGAUACCUUAGUUUUUUGGAUAGAUAA